UUUGCCUCAAACAGCUCGGGGCCGCCUCCACUGGAGACAGAAGAACAACCUCGUGCUUCUGGGCUUGAAAUUGUCCCUUUAGUACCUCCAGCUCUCACCUGGAAGUAUUUUGUAGCAAAGAUACACAUAUUCUUGCAAAGAUUUCCCACCUCCUUGGAGAACACAAGCUCCGGACGGCUCCAGUCACCUUGAGUCUGUGACCCCCUGGAAGCAUGGACCAGUCGGACUUGCUGGGGUUCCUUGUCAUCACCCUAAAUUGCAACGUGACCAUGGUGGGGAAGAUCUGGCUUAUCUUCAUGGUGCUGCUGAGGAUGGUGGUGCUCAUCCUAGCCGGGUCACCGGUCUACCAGGACGAGCAGGAGAGGUUCGUCUGCAAUACUUUGCAGCCGGGAUGCGCCAAUGUCUGCUACGACAUCUUCGCCCCCGUGUCCCACCUGCGAUUCUGGCUGAUCCAGAGCGUGUCUGUUCUCCUUCCGUCCGCGGUUUUCGGCGUCUACGUGCUGCACAAAGGAGCUGAGCUGGCCGCACGCAGAUCCCGUGGGCUGCAGGAUGCCUCGGAGGACCAUGACGCCCAGGGGCUGACCCCCGGGGCCAGGCGCUACCUGACGGUGCCGGACUUCUCCUCGGGCUACGUGGUCCACCUCUGCCUCCGGACCUUGACCGAGGCAGCUUUCGGUGCCCUGCAUUACCUCCUCUUCGGAUUCUUGGUCCCCAAGAGGUUCUCUUGCACGCACCCUCCUUGCACUAGCGUGGUGGACUGUUACGUCUCCCGACCCACGGAGAAGUCCAUCCUGAUGCUUUUCGUCUGGGCGAUGUGCGCGCUGUCUUUCCUACUUACUGUCGCCGACCUGGUCUGCAGCGUGUGCUGGAAGACGCGAGGGCGACCCGGUGAGGCCCGGAGGAGACCGUGUCCAGGGGCAAGGGAUGCGGCGCCUGAGGGACGCGGGGCGCGGGAGGGGCUGGGGGUGCACGAGGGACGCGGGGAGCGCGCUCGCACGGGCCUGGGGACCCGAGGGCCGGGCGCGCACAGCCCCGCGGCAGAGUCCGCUGCGCCCGGGAGGCUGGAGCUGCCGGCAGAGGACGAGAGCGACGCGUUGUCCUCAGCCAGCGACCAGCCGCGCUUGGCCCGGCCCGGAGCGGCGGCCCUGGGGUGGGAAGAGCGGCCCUGCGCGCCGCGUGCCCCGCUCUCCGGCCCCGGCAAGUCCGAGUGGGUGUGAGUCCCGACAUCCCACCCCAGGAACCCGAACGCGGCGACCAUCCGCACCGCAGAAGGGCAAGCGGGUGGGACAGACGGACUUCGCAGGAGGCUCUGAUGCAGCUCACCAAAGAUUUAAUUUCAAUAAAGUCUUUAGAGGGAGGGGGGACCGUCCUAGGUGUUCAAAUGCGGAUGGUUUAACCCAAGAGCAUCAGGCCCCUGAAUUUGCUGCUCUCUGAUUCUAUUGUCUUAUCUUAGCCUGUAGGUGCUUCGUGAGAAGCACAUCCUCUUGCAUUUACAGAGCUUUGAUUAAUAUGUUAAUGUUUUCGAAGGAGUUAUUUUGUCUUGUUUUGGUUUGGUUUGGUUUUGGUUUGUUUUUCUGCUUAGCUAAAAACGGCAUCUGUAACGAACUUCAUGCAUAGAGGGAUAUUCGUUUAACUUCUCCAAACUCCUUUAAUAAAAUUAAUGCUG